AUGUAUGUCCCACUUGCCAAGGUGAGACACCAAGUCGCCCAGAAUGGUUGGCAAGGCUUUGACAGCAAGGUCCCUUCGUGGCCGGAGUUCGGGUCCGGAGUUCUGUGCCACUCCGCCCCAUUCCUGUAUGUGGCUUCGAGAGAAGCAUGUCAGCAAUUUGCGCAGAAUCUCAACCACAGCUUCUAUGCUCACAGGGCCGACCUGCGCCCAGAGCGCUGCAUAAGCUUUGAGAGCUGCCUGUCAGCGAUCCAUGAGACCAGCCACGAAUGGAAGCUCUACCGCCGGCCGCCACAGGGCCGUGCUGUCGCUGGAAGCCAAGUGGCAGGAUGUGCUGACACAUGGCUACCGGACUGGACGGACAACGCCACAUCCGCGUGUCAGCUUUGGUCGAGAAAUCAAGACUGGGGCGCUCUCCAUGGAGGACAGACGCUGUCACAGGCCUGCGAGAAGUUCUGGGCCCAGCUCAACUGUGCCAAGACCUGUGAGCAAUGCGGGUCGGUGCCGAAGGCAGCUCAGGCCGCUCGAGGCGCCGGCUGA